AUGAAUCGUCUCGACAAACUCCGCGCCGCGAAAGCCACCGCUCUCGAGGCGAUCGAAAAGGCGCGCGAUGCGCUGGUCGACGAAGAAGGCCAGUUCAAGGCGCUUUCGGAUGAAGACAAGGCCAAUCUCGACGAACUCGAGCAGCGUGUGAAAUCGCUGACCGAGCAGAUCGGGAAGGAGGAGGACUUCCAGAAGGAAAUGACCGCCUCCACCGUUCUGGCCAGCGCCGAAAAAGGCAAGAAAGGGGAUGACGACGUGAAAUCCGAUCCCGCUGCCCGCAAGUCGUCGUUCGCCAAGGCGCGCGGCGGUGAAGCCACCGACGGCGUGCUGAAGGUCGGUCUCGUGAUGAUCGGUAUCGCCGCCAAGGCGCGCGGUAUCGUCGACGACCCGCUCAAGGCCAUCCGUGACGCUGGACAUGCUACGCUGGCCGAUGAACUGGCCUAUGAGAUGCGCUCAAUGAACGCAUCGAUCUUCACCGAAGGCGGCGCCGUGGUUCCGUCCUUCAUGUCGCAAGAAAUCAUCGACUUCCUGUGGCCGAAGACGGUGUUCCUGCGCCUCAACCCGAACCGCGUGCCGAUGCCGAACGGCUCCUAUGAGCAGCCCGGCGGCGCGUCCAAGCCAACGGCCGGCUAUGGUCAGGAACUGGCCAAUGCUCCGGCGACCGAACUCACCUUCCGCGGCAUCUCAAUGGUCGCCAAGGAACUGAGCGCGCUGAUCCCGAUGUCAAACCAGUGGAUCGACUUCUCGAUCCAGGGCGCACAGGCGUUCGUCGAGCGCAGCCUUCGCCGGGUGAUGUCGACCACGAUGGACCAGAAGUUUCUUCGCGGCGACGGGCAGAACGGCGCUCCGCAGGGCAUCUUCAAUAUCCCAGGUGUUGGCACCGGUGGUGUCGGUGGCACCUACUCGGAUGCAACGGCGCCGACGCAGGCUGAAGUCGAUGCGGUGACCCGCGCCAUGAUCAACGAUCUGGCCACGCGUGAUGUCAACCUCGACAGUGCGGCGUGGAUCAUGACCGAACGCACCCGCGGUUAUCUCGAAGACCUCAAGGACGGCAACGGCAACUAUGUCUACGCCGGCCUCCAGAUGGAAAACCCGACGUUCAAGCGCCGGCCGGUCAUCGACACCACCAACCUGCCCGAGAACCUGGGCGGCAGUGGUGAUGCCGCGCCGCUGGCGCUCGUAGCGGGCGACCAUAUCCUGAUGGGCGAAGCCGGCGACAUGGAACUCUCGGUGUCGCGUGAGGCGGCCUACCGGGACGCCAACAACGUGGUUCAGUCCGCUUUCCAGCGCAAGGAAACGCUCCUGCUGGGUGUGAUGCGCCACGAUGUCACCGUCGAGCACGUCGAGGCGAUCACGGUCACCGAAGACAUUCGCUGGGGCGCUUAA